AUGGCUAGCAGAUGGUCUGCUGAAAAUGCCGCCAAGGCCUACAUCAGUACCUUAAAUAUGGGUAACGAGGCAAAGUCAAAGGAGAUUGAUCUAGAUGAAUCACAAUUCAUCUCCGCCUUGGCGGCUGGCUACAAUGCCCGGCUUAUGGUGGUGGCAUGUGCAGAUGGACUGGACCUCACCGCCGUGGCCCUGGCGGCGGCCGCUCGUCAGACAGGUGGCAGAGUGAUCUGCAUCCUUAGAGGGCAUGAUCAAAUCGAACCGUCCAAACACGUCCUAGGACUUUACGAAUCAGAUAUUAAUAACGUUGAGUUUAUGGUUGGGGAAGUUGGAGAGAUUCUCUUAAACGACGACGACGUUAGUAGAGCCGAUUUUGUGGCUAUUGAUUGCAAUUUACAGAACCAUGGAGAGAUAAUACAGGCCUUGAUGAUGGAGGAAAGAAGGGUUAAGGACAUGUUUGUUUUGGCGUACAAUUAUGGGUUUAUUGGCGGCAGUUCGUCUGCCGGGAAAUGGGGUGGAGGAGUGAGAGUGCGGUUGCUGCCCAUCGGAGGAGGGUUGAUGAUGGCAAGAGUGAAGAAGGCAAAGAAAAAUAUUGGAGUGGGGAGAAGCAAUUGGGUUGUGGCAGUUGAUAAGAUUACUGGGGAAGAACAUGCCUAUAGAAUCACCUCUCCAAACAACUGA